AAACAUUUAUAGUUUUUCCACACAACUUUUUUACACGCCUUUCAAACACAAACACUUCUACUGGAAAGCACGAUUAUUACGUAGUAGCGUCAACACCCGCUUAAUAGUAUUUACACUACAGAUAGGGCGGAAAUAGACACAAGCGUUGUUUAGAAAUUUUCUUCCAACUACGAGCUAAAUCUGUCAAUAAAUUGUCGUACAAGUUUACAAACAUUCAUAAGGAUAGUACGAAUCCACUCGAGUAGUUCUAACCUGAGACCGAAUAGGAAACUAUACAUUUGUGCACAUUUACCAGUAGAAACACAGACAUCCUCUCGUAAAAAGAAAAUAGCUGUACUACCUGUACAAAUCAUACACUAAAAAUCUGGUAAAAGCCUGGAAUUAUCGUUGGUUACUACUUCUUGGUGUUACUUAAUCUCAUUUCAUCGAAAAAAUGUUUUCCAAACUCGUAGUCCUUUUUACCGCCACGGUGGUGCAAACGUCUUUGAGCUCCGGCAGCGGGGGAGGUCACGAGACGACCGGCCCCGGCUCGAGUAAGACGAGGAGAGGUGGUCGCAGAGGACACCAGCACCCGAAAGGGGCCGCAAACAGUGGCUCCAGCUCCUCCUCGUCCUCCUCUCGUCCCCUACUGCCUCCGUCCGCUCUCAUCCCCGGCACGCAAGGCAUUGUCGCGGAUGAAGCUACUGCGAGGUUGAUGGGAUACGAUGGGGGGUACCACCCCGGGAAAGGUACCUGCCCGAAGGGAAAGGGGAGUGGACGACAGGGGCAGGAGCAUCGGUCCUCUGCAGAACACCGACAGGGCCUCCUGCAGGGCGUCCCGGCGGUUGCGGCAGCCGGAAAUACUGUUCCGCACCGUCCCCCCGUUGUGGUUUCGGUUGCAGCAGCGCUAGAGCAGCAAGGCCAGCACGGCGGCGGUGAAAAUCAGGUGCCUGCUAUUGGAGCGACGGACACUGGCGAUGCUGGCUACCUGUUCCAACAUCCACUGGCGGCACAACAGGCUCUCGUGCAGGCGGUGCAACCACCCAUGCAGCAGAUGCAGCAGUCGCAACAGAUGCAGCAGGCGCAACAAAUGCAGCAGUCGCACCCAGGUGUAGGUCCAGCUGCAGCUCCGCAAGGUGUCCUUGCUGUGCCGACGGUCGUGCCAAUGCAACCUGGUGUUGCCGUGCCGAUGGGCAACAUGCAAACCGUUCUGACACAUUUCACCGGUUGGACCAGCGCACUGAAUCCUGUUCCCGCGACAGGAGUGGUUCCAGCGGCUGCUCAACAUCCUGUGAUGCAACAGCAGCAACAACAGCAGCAGCAGCAGAAACAGCAGUCUAAUACUGUCCCCCCAGCAGCCGUGGGAGUUGCCAUUCCUGGCGUCGGAACAACAACUACGAUGCGACAUCCACCCCCACCACCACCCGCACCGCCAGUACUUGUGCCAACUCUUUUGGCAACGGAAAGCCAUGAUGGAAAAAAUGUGGCACAGCAGCAACAGCAGAAUGUGUUCCAGCAGCAACCACCUUCCGUCCAGCCCUGCAACCACCACAAUUGGGCAGAUUCGAAAACACCUGUCAGUGGUGCUACGACUAGCUGCGAACACUCUCAAUCGAAACCAACGCCACUAAAUUCCCAGGCGUCCUGUUCCUCCUCCGAUAACCACUCUGUCAAGUCAGACCGAUAUUCCAGGCGCGCGAUGGAGCGGCAGGCUCGUGCAGCAGAGAGAAUUGCCUCGGGAAAAAAUAAACUUCCUGACCCUCUGCCGGUCGGGCAGCUACCGAGGGAAGUACAGAGCCAGAGGACUGCUCCUUCUAUGGUGAGUGUUCCCGAGGUGACUGUCGCGAGCACUGGUCGUGGGACCGCAACCUCUGCACCUGCAGGAAAUAUUAAAAAUACAUCCGAGGCACCCGCUCCCACGACAGAAAAUAACUCUUCUGGGUUUACCGGCCCGAUGUGGUUUCGCAAAGACGCAAUUCCACUCCCGGAUAAGGGCGUCGCGAGUGCAGAGCCUGUCUCGAAAGGCUUCGCACAGCACGUCCAAGGCAAGCGUUGCCCCCGGAUCUGCAAGUACAUGCACAAACCGGGCGGGCCGUCGUGUAAGGACGGAAAAGAUUGCGACUUCUGCCACCUCUGCCCCCGACCGGGGAGAACGGAAAGUGGGAAGCUCGAGACCUGGGGGUCUGACCAGCCAGUGAGGCGGAAUGCGGACGGGAGUUCCCGGUGGAAAGGGUACUAUAUGCAUUGCAAAUAUGUCUGGGCCUGGAAGAGUGUAACUUGUCAUGCUACAUCUGGAUCGUGGAAAAAUCUGUGUUGCAUGAUUACCGAAAGAGAUCCACUUUUGAACAAGUUUAGAGGCAGUUUCUCAUGCAGGAAGGGCAUGAUAGAGAUCUCACAGAACCUGUCAUGCUAGGCCGUGCAUGGCAGACCGCGUGUGUCAUGGAAAACCUGCAUGACAAACCUACCAAUCUUCCAGACCCAGACAUUUUUGCAUUUGAUAUACUACGAAUCGAAGCAGUAUGGAAAGAUGGACGAGAAUGUUGUAGCGCCGGAGGCGCAGCAUCAGCAAGCUUCAGUGCCAAGGGCGCCGGGACCAUCUACUUCCUGGGAGAUGAUGCGGCACAACGACGCUAGGGCCAGGCAAGCGAAGCAAGCUGGUCGAAGUACUUCUUCUAGAACUAUGGGGCCACAGCUUAGCAACAGCAGUGCGGCUUCUUCUUCAACGGCGUCGAGCUCCGCAGCACGGUAUCAUCAUCCAGGAACAUCACGAAGGGGCAGUACAAUUUCUACGGCAGCCUCUUCCAACGCAGGAUCAUCUUCCCGCGCGCCGUCUAGUUGUACAACAACUCGAAAGGCCGCCCGCUCUAGAUCCAGAUCGUCAUCUCGUGAUGAAAAUAGGAACAAGAAGAUGAACAUCAAGCGCAACAACGAGAUGAAGGGUCGUCAACAGCGCUCGGUCUCUCCCAAGAUGAGCAGAAAUGAACAUCAACAACGACAGCCGGUGAAGGACGUUGUUGAACCAACAGCAGCCGCCAGUUCCGCCGCGGCCUCAAGUGCGGCCUCAAGUGCGAGUGUGAUCGCGGAAUACGACCGAAAUCACGUCCCGACGAAGCGUCUUCUAUCUGACAGGAUUAACGCCUUGUGCCUAGACAGGCCGAGGUACGAGAAAAGUAAAGAGGCGGAUAGUAUAUUCGGGCAGAGGUGUAAACCUAAAGAGGCAGGCAGCCGUUCUUCGUCCAGCAGUUCCUCUUCGGGGUUAGAAACGGACACGGAGGACGAAAGUUCUUGUGACGGUAAAGUGGACGACGUCCAGGAGGCUGUAGUUCAAGAUGCGAAAGCGCAUGAAAUGGAACAGGGAGCAGGUCGUGCAGAGGAAAUUAAAGCCCCGACGGCGCCCUCACAGGUGGAAACAACUUCUACAAUUCCCACAAGAACUUUAGACGCGGAAACAAGUAAAGACCAGAAGAAACAGGCGUUGUUGGAGAAGUUCAACAAGCAGUAUCCUCCGCCACAAUCACAAAGCCAAAAGGACCGCGUGCCAACCCCCUGGGAGCUUGUCGCAGGAAGAAGAAAUCUUCGUAGGGGUGGGAAAGGUACGGAUUGCAAAAAUGUCUGCGUCUGGAAUAGAACAAACUUGUGAUGCGUAUUUCAGAACACAGAAAAAUCUCUCAUGCAUAGGUAGCAAAAGCUGCCCACUUUUUCUCACCAAAAUGGGGGAUUUGUCAUGCCGAUUCGGCAUUGCGGAAGCUUCUCGAAACUUGUAAUGCUAGAGCUUCCAUGCCAGACUUUCUGCGUCAUGCAAAAACAGCAUGGCUCCUCUGGACCCAGACAUUUUUGCAUUUGAUAAAAGGGAAUUCUCAGCGUCACCACUACAAUACCGACCACUGCUCUCCGCUCGUCUUCGCGAUGAAUUUGGAGCCCAGUGUAUCCUGAGUAAAAACGUACCCACACCAGAGUCAGGAUGGGGAUUUUGCAACACAAACCUAGGAGUUUUGUGAGUCACGCAUGACAAGUUGCACUCUGCAGUGUAGUGCAGAUAGCAAGUGCAGCCGCAUCACAGAUUCAUCUGCUCAGCCUGUUCACAGCAUCACAAAUUCCAAAACACGACUGAAAAUGGCUCUCAUGGGGAUGCGCAUUACAAGUCUUCCUGUCUUGGCAAAUCUGCAUUACAACUCUGGUGUGGGUACGUUUUUACUCAGGAUACAGUGCGCCGGCGAAGAAGCGAUCUUCUUCGGGAGGACUUUUCAGCGAGGAUGAUAGUUCUUCGGACCCAUCCUCCUCAGAUUCUGAAGAAGAGGAACACGACGAACAAGCUGGAGUAGAUCAUCUCGUCCGGGAGCAAAAUCGAUAUGUCCCUUGGACAACAACGACAGGCAACCACCUCGCCACCGUCCCCGAGGAGAGCUGUCAUAAUUCCGAAGAAGCUAUGAAAUGCAAAAGUGUCUGGGUCUGGAAGAAUGCAGCUUGUGAUGCUGCAUUUGGAUUCCAAAAAAAUCUGUAUUGCAUGAGCAGCAUCAAAGGGAACGCAUUUUUUGCUACGCGGUAGUAGGGGCAUUUGUCAUGCGGAAUAGGCAUCAAGAAGCCCUCAAAAACUCUGUGAUGCUAGGGCAUGCAUCACAGAUCGAUCAUGGCUCAUGCAAAACGUGCAUGACAAGUCUCGGAAUCUUCCAGACCCAGACAUGUUUGCAAUCCAUAGAGGCAUCACCAGAAAAACCGCUGUGCACCUACUGCCCCACGCCGGAAGACUUUGACGAUGAAUUUUGGCGUCGUCCCAACAUGUUUGGUUGUAUGUGCCCGCCAGGAGCUACCGAGAUUCCAGACCACAUUACUUCCCUACGUGAAAGGCUUAACGAUCCUUUCUUCGGCGCUUGUGAUGUUGAUAUCGGGUGGAGAGAUCAUUUUCCAUCCUCUUCGUCCGCAUCCGCUACAAGUGCUGCUGGCGGUCCGCUGCAAGGGACCACGACAUCGAACAGCUCCUGCCACCACAACGUCGCGGGUGGUGCUCCUGCAGCAGACCCAACCAUCCCAGACUCCGUCCUGCACAACGAAAGGCUCGUUUUGAAAAAAUGCACCAAUUUCGUCGGGAUAGACCAGGAUCCUGUUGAGUCUUUUACCCACACGCCGGAAUUCCAGGAAGAUAAUUCGCAGGAUGAAAAUAUUAUUCUCCAAUCACAACUCUCGCAACUCCGAUCGCCUGGGGGAUCAGACGAAGACCCCCACGAUUUCGACAUCGAACGCCGCAUUAUGGAAGCUGCUUGUCGGGACGCCAUGAAAGAAUACAAUGUACGGAACGCUUACCAGGAUCAACACGAAACUCUGCAAAAUAGUAGACACGGCGAACUGAUCGAGGAAAGAUGCGUCGAGAAGGUGCGGGCGGAGCGGCGGAAGUUACAAAUUGCGCUCAUGGAAUGCGAAAUGCAGAAACAAGCAGAAUUUUCGAAGAUGCAAAGGAACAAAGAACAGCUGCAGGCCGGGGGUACGAGUAGUGGUGAAAAGAUUUCACCCAGAGUAGUAGGGGACGCGAUACCAGCAACGCCCGACAACGGUUCUAUUCCCCGGACGCCGGAGGAGCAGCCAUAUUUUUAUCAUGCUGAUGUAGAAGUUCCUAAUCAGCAGGCUGUGCUGCAGAAGCUCAUGAGGAGCGGUGGUGUUGUUUCAUCGGCUUCGCCAGAAGUAGUUGCGCCAGAGAACAACAAGAUGAACAAGAAUACCAAGACACUGGACCACGAGAAAGAACGGGUUUCUUUGGGAUCAUCGGGCAACGGAAGCAGCUCUUCUUCGGGUACUAGUCUAGCUGCGCGUGCCCGAGCAAUUCUCGGGACGGCGAGUCCGAUUGUGCUGUCAGACAACAGCAGGCCAUCAGAUGAUAAUUCCUCGGAUCUAGAAUCCGAGAGGACGGUGAUCAUCGCAGAUCCAAGCUCCGGCUCCGCAACGGGGUCCGAUGAGGCGGAAGUGGACAACAUUGGGAACCUUGAAAGCGAAAAGUCAGCAGGAGUUAUAUCUUCUGAGGAUAUUAAACCUGCUGCUCUGCCAGCCCACUUGCCCGUUCCCCGCGUCGCUGCACGACACGGGACGACGCGUGAUGAUCCGACCGAAAUGGAGGUCGUAACGAACGCCAGUGGAACCACCAGGCUCGUGAAGAAGGGUGAGGAUCAUAACAAGACGAGCCCCGGGGGUCAUCUUGGGACGAAAAAAGCUUUUUUACCAAAAGGCAUCCAGCUAUCAAAUGUAAAAAUGUCUGGGUCUGGAAGAUUGCAACUUGUGAUGCUAACUUUGGACUCUAAAAAGAUCUGUAUUGCAUGACCAGCAAGAGGAGCCACAUUUGUGCUACGCGAGGAGGGCAUUUGUCAUGCGGAAAUGGCAUCAGGAAGCUUUCCAAAAAUCUGUGAUGCUGGGUCAUGCAUUACAAGCACCAUGGGUCAUGCCAGACAAGCAUGACAAGCCUUCCAUUCUUCCAGACCCAGACAUUUUUACAUUUGAUACCAGCUCAGUUUAAGCGACUGUCUGGAGCGUGAAGUCCGAGCGAAGGAGGAGGUUCUUUCUGAACAAAGCGGUGCCAAGAAAUCUACCGGGCCAACAUCUUUAUUAACUCCGAUGGAGAUAGCGAAGAGAGUGGUGCAAGGGUACGGCAAACCUCCUGGAACUUUCACUGAGCACGAUGCGUGGAAGGCUGCGAAAAAAGUGCGACCGGGGUUGGAGUAUGAGGAGUUCUGCAAGGAGUAUUACGACAAUAAAGCUAUCAAAUGCAAACAUGUCUGUGUCUGGAAACUUGUAAUGCUGAGUUGUGAAUAGUGAGUGCUCUGUAAUGCACAGCCAAGCAUGAGACUUAUUUGCGGGGGUAUAGUGUUGCGCUUUCCGCAUGACAAACUGCGUUUUUGCAUGACAAGCAAAAGCGUCUCUUCUUGGACACGCAUCGCAGACUUUUCAGUCAUGCCAGACAGGCAUGCUAAACCUUUCAUCCUUCCAGACCCAGACAUAUUUGCAUUUGAUAAAAGCCAGCCAAGAACCUCCUGCUGUAGUGCAGUCGAUCGAAUUUGAAGAACUUCUACCUGAUCCGCAAAACGGCCAGCACAGAAGUACUACACCAGGACAAAAAAAUCUUCGCACCAAAACUACGGAGGUAUGGGACAACGCGGUGGGUGGAAGGCAUGUGACACCGCAGUGGGGCACCAAAACUAUACGCCGUGGAGGUACUAUGGGACAGCGCGGAAAGAAGGACCAACUUGUGCUAGGCAGCACUCCAAUGACGCAGGAUGGAUCGUCGUGUUAUGCACGCCCUACUUUCUGCGCGUCCGCCCCGAUGCCUCGCGACACUAGAUCCCACAUUGCCGUGCUGUUUCCCCAGGUGGAACACAACUACGACUACCCGGGUGAAAAUAAAGCAGCCGCCCCUGUCGUGUACGAACCGGUCGAGCGGCCGACAGGACAGCAUCAAGCUGUUCAAGAACCAAGUUGUAGUUCCCGAAGACCGGCGGUAGAAGAAGGUCCCGGCAGUCAAACCGUCCUGUAUCAAGCCCCCUGCGCGGGAACCGUACCCUACUUCACGCAGGAGCAGAAGAAGCAGACGCUUUGUGCGGCCAGUGGAACUGAAGACCCUUCUGCCAGCACUAGCUACAACCGGCAAGAACAACCGGAUGAACACGACUUUUGGUCUACUCCGGAAGAUUUUCUCCGCGCGGCGACCCCGGGUACAGCUACCUUCGCGCCGUCUUCGUCCUCUCACCUUCUUCAAAGUCGCGCCUCCUCUUCGACGGGGUCCACACCGCUGCCACGACCCGACAGCUACGUCAGCGCCAGCGCCGCAACUGCUGCGAUGACCUCAGCAGCCACGGCUGCUGCUGCGGUAGCUGCCGGAGGUAGCAGCAGUACUGCUGCUGCUGCUCCAGCUCCUACCCUUGACGCCUUUUCUACUCCACCAGUCGCAGACCGCGUGAAGCCGAAGCGCCUGGGCCAGCAACAGCGGAAAGCCGCAAAUAAAAGAAGAAGUGCCUCCGCUGGAGCAAAAUUUUCGACUUCCGUGAGCCAGCGGAGAACGUCGCUAAGAACCGACCGCCUGCCGACCGGGCUGCAACCACGGGACCAAGAACGCAGAGGGAAUAGUACUCGAGUGAAACAGCAGGAACAGCCUACGCAGCAUGUGAAACUGACAGGACCAAUGUUUUUCUCUCAUCCGCCGAGCAGCACUGCUCCGACCGAUACAACGUCUGAAGCUGGUGGUGUUUCGGACGCAAGCUUGACCGGUAACAACAUGGCGUCGUCCUCAAAUAGCUUGGGGAGCAGUCGAAAAGAGCGCACGCGGCGCGGCAGGAAGAACAGUACGUCUUUGCGAAGAGAAGGCGACGAUUCCGACAUGCCGACGGCCGUGUUUGUGGAUUUGGGAAUCCUCGCGAGAAAAUAAGGGCGUGGUUAAUAAUGCCAGUGGUGGAAAAAUCUGCAGAAUAUACUUGAUUGGAAUAAACCGCCAGAGAAUCUCUUGUUUGACAUAGAAUCCAUUUACUAUACCAUAUGAUGACUUUCUGUGUCUGUGAUCGCCAUCAGCCUUGUGAUUGCGGCGCGACACACCUUACGUCUUCCUUCAAUAGCAUUACAGUAUGGCAAAUACAUUACAUCUACACAACAAGUACAUACUCGUCAAGAUGGACACUACUUCCGGGUUCAAUAUUUACAGUAUACGUUAUUUGUUCCAUGUUGUAACGGACGCUACCUUGUUUUCUAUCACUUCCACAAUAAUAUUAUCGCAGCAUUUUUCAACAUGAACAUACCAAUUGCAUACUUUGACCUUUUGCUUUAUUUCCACAUGAUAAUAUUUUGCUCUUUCGUCCCAUCAAACAUGCCAGGAAAGAACCUCUAAUGAGGAUCUUGCUGUAGCCAGGUUUUCUGAAAGAAGUUAGAAAGUGCCUGUAAUCCGAUCGGAGCUACUUACUACAUAAUCCUUGCAUGCCCUGUAUGCAAUUCGAACGAUACUGUCAAUAAGACUGCGCUGCAAGAAGAGCUUUGUUUUUUUAGAAAGUUGAUGACCAUAAUUGGUGAAGUCAAAAAAUCGACAUAAAUACUUCACUUGGACAACCAAGUUGUGAGCGAAUUGGCCCAAUCGCUUUUUUUUUUACCGUGGGCGAGUGAAAAUGAAAAUGUUGCACUGUAGCAGCUCCAGCAAGCUCGAUAGUAUCUAUAGUUGCGAAGGUCAUUACCAAAAGCCAGAAAAUGCAAGAUUCGUUUCUGCCGCUAGUACAGCUGGCAGACGGUGUUCGAGUGUAUGAGCUGGAAAGUUAGUAGCUACUCUAUGGAGAUUUUCAAUAGAGUCGAACGCCAGAGCGGUGUUUGAAUUGAUACGGAUCUACUAGUACCUUGACGAAGACAAUGAAGACAUGAUAUCCGAGUUCUACUUUAUUCUGGUGAUAUUUUCGAGCCAGUAUAAUGAGGUACGGCGCAGUGCAAAGGAUCUUUUACUAGAGGAAAAGAAAGAACGACGACCAGCAGUGCUCGAUUUGUGAAAGAUACCAUACAGCGGACGAUCUUGUGAAUGGAGCCG